AUGUCUGGAAAUGAAAUUUUAUAUCGUUAUAGGAAAACAAGAAAGUUUGCUGGAGUCUCAGAAAAUACACAGAUUCGAGCUGAAAUAACAGAAAAUGCCAAUGAAGAUUACAUUAAUGUUCGACCAAAUCCUACAUGUUACCAAUGCCGAAAGCUGGUGGAGGAGGUUAAAAGGUUAAAACGAAUAAUUAGAGAGGGACACAGUUUAACACACUUAAAGAAUCCAGGCUGGGAAAAUGAAUAUGUUGAGGACCCAGAGCAAAUCAGUCCGAGGGUCAACGCAGCGUUUGUGUACAAGAAAAGUCGAACAAGGACAGAGGAGAUUGAACAGCUACGAAAAGAAGUCACGCGUCUUCAGAGAGAAUUGCGUCUAAGGUCAGAAGAGGUGUAUGCUCUGAGGGGAAGAGGUCAACUGGAAGUACGGAGCACCAGUCAAUCAAAGGGAACCAGCAAAUCACACUUAAGAGAUCACCACACCCUUGGUGAAUCAGAAAACAACAUGAGAAGCAUGUACACACAACUGUACCAGAAAGAAUGGAGUCAGACAUAUGCCUAUCAAAUGCAAGAAGGUGUUGAAAAGACUGUUGCCCAUGGAAACCUACUCAAUAUCCUUCAGUUGUCCUUCAGUCAGUGUCGGGAUAUUGCUGACAGACAGCUGUCACAGAUCCUGCUGGCCUCCUCUGUAGUGAUUUCCGAUACACCACCUCGCAUCACCACAAAGACACCACAACAGACCACCACAAAGACAUCACCUCAGACUUCCACAAACCGGCAACAACAAUCAAAACAACACCUAGUG